UCUGCCCAGUCCUGUCAUCUCCUUCCGCCUGGCCGUUUCCAGGGUAACUAGCCGCGCCGGUCGGAGACUCCUGUCGCCCGCCUCCCAGCGGGGGAGUCAGCCCGGCCCCCGCCCGGCCCUAAUUUUGUGGGAUUGAUUGGAGUCAGACAAUGUCCACUCCUCCUCUCGCUGGGGCAGGGAUGCCUCCUGGAGCUUUCUCAGGACCACAGGCUCAAGCAGCCCGGGAAGUGAACACAGCUUCUCUCUGUCGCAUUGGCCAAGAAACUGUGCAGGAUAUUGUAUUUCGGACAAUGGAAAUCUUUCAGCUACUGCGGAAUAUGCAGCUACCAAAUGGUGUUACUUAUCAUACUGGGACGUAUCAAGACAGAUUAACAAAGCUGCAAGAACAUCUCCGUCAGCUAUCAAUACUCUUCAGGAAACUGAGAUUAGUCUAUGACAAAUGCAAUGAAAACUGUGCAGGGCUAGAUCCUGUUCCCAUAGAGCAACUUAUUCCGUAUGUUGAAGACGAUGGAUCCAAGCAUGAUGAUCGUGGUGUUGCCAGCCAGCUUCGUUUUGCUAGUGAGGAAAGAAGGGAAAUCAUGGAAGUAAAUAAGAAGCUGAAACAGAAGAAUCAGCAGCUGAAGCAAAUUAUGGAUCAAUUACGGAAUCUCAUUUGGGACAUAAAUGCCAUGUUGGCAAUGAGGAACUGAACUAUGAUACAAUUUAAGUAUUUUUUGUAAUUAUGAAAAUAGACUUUCUUUAUUUGUUUGAAAAUACAUAAUUUCUUUUUUCUAAAAAGCCAUUCAUUUUAUCCUCUCCUAAUCCCACUAGUAGACAAAACUCCUUUAAUGUUACUAUGUGGUUUCUUUUGCGAUAUUUAAAUGUGUUGGUUCUGUCUGUGUAAACAAUUCAUCAUGUAAUUUGUACACACAAUAGAGACUCAUUUGUGUUUACUACAAUAAGCUUUGUAACCUGUAGUCAUAUUUUGGUUAGCAUUCCAAUUCUGCUGAUAUUUUUUUUUUAAGCUGACUUCAAAACUUGUGUUUUGAAAUAAAUUUCUCAAUGUUUCAACAAAUAAAGCUUUUGUUUAAAAUAUA